AUGGAAGCCGGGAAUGCUAGGCCCGUAAUGAAGUCUUGGAACAAACACGUUCUUAUGUGGACGUGCGAUUACUGCACUCGUGAGUU